AUGGUACUGCGGGUUUUGGCCCCGCAGACCCUCGUCCCGGGGGACUGGGUCUCUGACUUCAGCGCAGCCAUGGAGGGGAUGGGCGUGGUGGCGCUGAAGCCCAUGAAGGGCUACAAGGAGGUGUGGGACGAGCUCGCCGGCACGCAGGCCAAGGGCCGAAAGGUGUCGACGAAUAGCCUGCUGUCUGCAGACUGGCGCCGAUUGGUCACUCGGGACGAUGCAGGGCUGCAGUCGCCGUACGGCGAGGUGUAUGCCUGCCCCAGCUCUUGGGGGACCCUGCUCAUGGCCAGCCACGGGCCUCGGCUCCGAAGAAAGGGCCUCCAGCCACCGCGUGACUGGGGUGACCUCCUGGACCCAGCGCUGGGGGGCAGGAUAGCCCUGGACGACAGCCCCCGCGUGCUCCUUGCCGCCGCGCUGGGCACGUCGGGCCUUGACCCCGGCGCCACCGCCGCUGACGUCGCCCGGUGCGGCGUCCGCGCCGGCGACCUGAGGGCGCGCGUGCGCCGCCUGCGCGCGGCAACACGCGUUUUUGGAAAGGACGGCGCGCACGUGCGCGCGCUGGAGGGCGGGGACGUGGAUGUGGCGGUGGGGUGGGGCGACGCGCUCGUGGGCACGGCGCAGCGCAGCACCGGGGUCGUGCUCUCCGCGCCCGCCUCGGGCACGCUGCUCUGGGCCGACCUGUGGGCGGUACCGCGGGGGGCGCAGGGCGGGGCGACGGAUGGCCAGCCCAGCCCCUUGCUCCCCGCCUGGCUCGAGCUGGGCCUGCAGCCCAGCCGGCAGCGCCGACCGAGCGUGGGCGCAGCCUCCCCACUGCUGCUGCCGCCCCUGCUGGGAGGAGGUCAAGCCGUCCCCGACUGUGAUCUGCUCAGUGACAAUGCAGAGGGUGCAAGUAUGGCCGCGAGGCACGUGCUCCGACCGCACCAGCUUCCACCGACCAGGGUACUCCAGCGCAGCCGAUUCCUGACGCCCCUGGACCCCGCGACGGAGGAGCUGUUCCAGGAAUGCCUUGUGGAUAUGGACCAGGAAAGCGUCCUGGUGUAA